AUGGAUUUCAGCACCAUUCUCAACUUCCAGUCUUUUCAAGAUUCAGUGGAAACUGAAAUUUGGAGCUCCGACAGCAGCAGCCAAGACAAACGACUUUCGGCCGACGAAGAAAUGAAGAUGGGCGAAGAAGAUACGAAGAUUGAAGACGGCGAGGAAGAAAAACAAGACGAGGAGGCAACCGCGUCAACACCAAAUGGACCGGUUGUUUAUAAUGGCUUCUAUUACGCCAAAUAUCACCAGCGCAAGGCCAAGUUGUACGAACACACAGACGGAACCGUCUUCCAAGACGGCUCGCAUAAACCGGAAUUCAAUCGCGAUAUACAAGGCAGCACCAGUUCCGCCGUAGCCGAAUCCACCGGAAGACUGCAACCAACAAUUCUUGGGGCAAUCGAUGAAAUCGCCCGCCAGCAACCCACCUAG